UGCUCCGGAUAUUUGCGGUUCAUCUACUGAUUGUAUUUCGUAAAACGUAACAGACAUUAGCAAUAUAUUGAAAGAAACGCAUUUUUCCCGUACAUCCAUUCGUCUGUUGUUAGAUUGUACUGAUGCCGCUGAGCCCGGGAGACGUGUAGUGAUAAGAGUAUUACCCGUAUCAGAGGAUUGUCUGCUAUCUACUGGCUGCGUCGUGCAACUUAGCAACUAGCGAUACGACAGUGAAGAAAAAUUACGAUGACAAACAGUUUUUAGAUUCUGUAUUUUGUAAGUUGGAUAAACUAUAAUAAUUACACAAAAUUAUGUCCUCAACCGGAUCGCGAGCGGAGCUCGUUUCAGCAGCGGAUGUCGACAUGGACGAUAGUCGUUUCCGCAUCCGACCUUAUCAGCAGGUGCUGUCGUCAUGCAGUGGAGCUCUGGUCACUUCAUUAUUUAUGACUCCUCUCGAUGUAGUGAAAACACGCCUGCAGACGCAGCAGAAGAUGAUGCUGUCGAACAAAUGUUAUCUCUACUGCAACGGACUAAUGGAUCAUCUGUGCCCCUGUGGACCGAACGGGACGAUUUCCGCUAUGUCCAAACCGGCACUUCAUUUCCACGGUACAAUCGAUGCAUUUGUGAAGAUUAGUCGCUAUGAGGGAGUUCCAGCACUCUGGUCCGGUCUCAGCCCAACGCUUGUGCUCGCACUUCCCACAACUGUUAUCUAUUUUGUGGCAUACGAGCAGUUCCGACUCCGGUUGAAAGAAUUUUGGCUCAAAAGAAAUGGCUCCAACGCGGAGUUGCCUAUCUGGCUUCCCCUCGUGGCCGGUAGCUCCGCCAGAGUAUUAGCUGUGACCAUAGUGAACCCAUUGGAACUUAUUCGCACAAAAAUGCAAUCGGAAAAGCUUAGCUACAGCGAGGUUGGACGCGCUUUCCGAAGCAUGUUAAAAAUACAAGGUAUCACCGGGUUGUGGAAGGGAUUCUUCCCGACUAUUUUGCGGGAUGUACCGUUUAGCGGAAUCUACUGGACGACUUACGAAAGCAUAAAAAAGCGCAGCAACGUUACCCAACCUUCCUUUGGUUUUAGUUUCCUCGGAGGAGCAAUCGCAGGCAGUGUGUCAGCUUUCUGCACCGUACCGUUCGAUGUAGUAAAAACACACCAGCAGAUCGAGUUUGGUGAAAAAUUCCUUUACGCGGAAAACGGCGAACGCAAACAGCCUGUCAAAAGUACAGGAACGUUUGAAACAAUGCGAAGAAUCUACAUCAGUAACGGGAUCAAAGGUCUGUUUGCCGGGCUGGCACCUCGGCUGAUGAAAGUGGCUCCGGCUUGCGCGAUAAUGAUUGCAUCAUUUGAAUAUGGUAAAAAUUUCUUCUACAAUUAUAAUGUGACCCGGUAUUUGGCAAAGCAGCAGCGAGAAACCGCCGCUGGGAUGCCAAUCAGUAAAGCAAGACCCACGACGUCAGUGAGUUGCUAAGCGAUAGCUUAAUGGAAAUAAAAAAAUCUCACUGCUAGUGUUACAGGGCAGCCAAAUCAAGCUGGACCGAUUGUAUUUCGUUAUAAUAAACCUAUCUUUUGACGAUUGUUUCGGGCAAUCAGUUGUAAA